AUGGAAGUAAGAUGUCGCCCAAUGGUGAUGUACUGUGUUCUUGCGAUUCUCUGCUCUAUCAUCUGUACCGUGGAUGCCUAUGCCGAGGAGAGGCAGUACCUGAACGAAUGGGCAGUCGAGAUUCCAGGGGGACUCGGCGCUGCCCAAGCAAUCGCCAACGAACUAGACUACGAACUAGUCAGACAGAUUGGGGCGCUGAAAAACCAUUAUUUGUUCCGACAUCGAAAUCAUCCUAGCAGAGCCAAAAGGAGUGCGGAUCAUAUCACCAAACGUUUGGCUGAGGACGACAGAGUGUCCUGGGCAGAGCAACAGUAUCAGAAGCGACGCAGUAAGCGAGCACCGUUAUCUGCUGCCUGUAACGACUGCCCAGUCGACAAACUCUUCGAUGACCCAAUGUGGAAUCAGCAGUGGUACCUGCAAGACACACGGACAUCCUCCUCUCUGCCUAAACUGGACCUCCAUGUAAUUCCAGUGUGGAAGAAGGGUAUAACAGGGAAAGGGGUGGUCAUCACCGUGCUGGAUGAUGGACUAGAGUGGAACCAUACCGACAUCUACCCUAACUACGACCCUGCAGCCAGUUAUGACUUUAACGAUAACGACCCUGAUCCUUUUCCCAGAUAUGACUCCACCAACGAGAACAAGCAUGGGACAAGGUGUGCUGGAGAGAUUGCUAUGCAGGCAGACAACAACAAAUGUGGAGUCGGUGUGGCGUACAACUCCAAAGUUGGAGGGAUUCGUAUGCUGGAUGGAAUUGUGACGGAUGCCAUUGAGGCCAGCUCUAUUGGGUUUAAUCCAGAGCAUGUGGACAUCUACAGUGCCAGCUGGGGGCCCAAUGACGACGGGAAGACGGUGGAGGGGCCCGGUCGCCUUGCCCAGAAAGCCUUUGAGUACGGCAUUCAAAAGGGCCGUGGUGGGAAGGGAUCGAUCUUUGUGUGGGCUUCUGGUAAUGGUGGUCGCCAAGGUGAUAACUGCGACUGUGACGGUUACACGGAUAGCCUCUACACCAUCUCUAUUAGCAGCGCUUCUCAGCAGGGCCUUUCGCCGUGGUACGCCGAAAAAUGCUCCUCCACUCUGGCGACAGCUUACAGCAGCGGAGACUACACUGAUCAGAGAAUAACCAGCGCUGAUUUGCAUAAUGAGUGCACGGAGACACACACUGGGACGUCAGCGUCUGCUCCACUGGCCGCCGGGAUAUUCGCCCUGGCUUUGGAACAGAAUCCUGACCUUACCUGGAGGGACCUGCAGCACCUGGUGGUGUGGACGUCUGAGUUUGACCCCUUGGCCAAUAACCCAGGAUGGAAGAGAAACGGAGCUGGACUCAUGGUGAACAGCCGUUUUGGCUUCGGCCUCCUCAAUGCCAAGGCCUUAGUGGAUCUUGCCGACCCUAAAGUGUGGAAACAUGUGCCUGAGAAGAAACAGUGCAUAGUGAAGGACGAGGCUUUCCAGCCAAGGCCACUGAAGGCAGCGGGUGAGAUCAGUAUAGAGAUCCCCACUAAAGCGUGUGCGGGACAGGCCAACGCUGUGCUCUCACUGGAACAUGUGCAGGUGGAAGCCAGUAUUGAGUACACCAGGAGAGGAGAUCUCCACAUCACUCUCACUUCUCCCUCAGGCACAAACACGGUCUUGCUGGCAGAAAGAGAGAGGGACACCUCUUCUAAUGGCUUCAGAAAUUGGGCUUUCAUGUCAGUGCACACCUGGGGUGAAGAUCCGACUGGAACAUGGAUUCUGAAGAUUACAGACACAUCGGGGCGGAUGGAGAAUGAGGGCCAGAUAAUAAGCUGGAAGUUGAUUCUUCAUGGUACAUCAGAGCGGCCGGAGCAUAUGAAGAACCCAAGAGUGUACACAUCCUAUAACGCAGUGCAGAAUGACCGCAGAGGAGUAGAACACAUGGAGGACAUGCUAGAGGAGAGCCCAACUCAGGCCAUUUUGUCCAAGAAGCCCCGGCCCGUUCUUGAAAAGAGCCCCUCUCCAGCUGAGACGCCCAAGAAGAAACAGAGGAGACCUCCUGCUGCCCCCGAGGGCUCGACUCCUAACAUGGCCCUUCUGCGUCUCCUCCAAACCGCAUUCAACAGGCAGACUCCAGCCACCCUGUCUCACGCUUCCUCAUCCUCUGCCAGGACAAAGCAGCACGACAGGAUCCCCCAGCAGAACCUCUAUCAGGCCCUGGACCGGCUGAACCAGUACACAGGACCCGAAGACAGCCUGUACAACGACUAUAGCGACAGCUUCUACAGCGUUCGACCCUACAAACACAGGGACGAUCGUCUGCUGCAGGCCCUGUUUGACAUGCUCUCAGAUGACCAGCAGUGA